AUGGUGUAUCAAAGAGUACUCGACAUCGUGUUCAGCCCAUAUGGCUGGUUGAUAACAGCGGGCCUUGGAGCGGCGCUCUACGUCUAUUUCAACAACGUCCAGCCAUAUUUGGAGAAGAGACAAGAGGCCGCCGCCUACGAAGCCCAAAAGAAGUUUGAUGCACAUGUAAACCAGCGGGAUGAAGACAAGCUGAAGGCGAUCAGGGCGCGACAGCAAGCCGAAUAUGAUCAACAAGUCGCCGAACGAGCGGCGUUGAAAAAGAAGCAAAAGGAAGAAGCGGAACAAGCGGCAAAAGCAAAAGCGGCCGAGAGCACAGGCAAAGCGGCGACCACAUCGAAAGAUGUCCCAAAAAAGAAGGCGUCGCGGUUCGGUGAUAUGACAGCUAAGCAAAUAGUCAAUGAGCUCAUCAACAGCAAAGCGGUGUUUGUAUUCAGCAAGUCGUGGUGCCCGUUCUGCAGAAAAGCGAAGGAAACGUUGGCAACAUACCGGUUGGAGGAUUUCUUCUACGAGGUGCUCGAAUUGGAUCUGAAUGAAGGGCUUCCAGUUCAAGACAUUGUGGAUGAGCUGUAUGCCAUGACGGGAGCCCCGACUGUACCACGAGUGUUCAUCGGCGGGAAAUUCGUUGGCGGAGGAGACGACACAGCUCGACUGUUCCGCGAGGGCAAGCUCGACACCCUGAUCAACGAGGCGACCGCCGAACUUGCCGCGAAGCAUGGGCGUGAGAAGAUU